AUGGGCAGCCGAUUAGUCGCUCUAGCUGUGGUGGCGGAGGCUGCGAAGGCUGAGCUGGAGAGCGCCGAUGCGGAACUGGAGAAGGCGAAGGUUGUACUUGAAGGUCACCUAGAAUUUCUCCAGCCUGGUGUAGAGCUCGCAUCAAGCCGAGAUUCUCUAAGCUGUUACUUGGCCCAUCAUGCAUGGAUUCCAGGCGAUGAUAAUAAUAAUUAUUAUGGUGUAGAGGCUACACUAGUAGACGUUUAUGGCUUUAAUCUACAAUCUGGCCAACUAACCGCGGGUGGCAUCUGGAUUGCCAGCACAGGAGAUGGCCACCCAAUUCCGGAUAAUGGAAUUCAAAUUGGAUGGCACAGGAUUAGUUUUUCACUGCCACUCAAAGAAACUCUCAUGUCUGCUAGCAAUUACCGGGAAACCCUGGCCGCGCGUGCCGUCAGGGGGCGCCAUGGCCACCCCCGUGCUCGCCACGAGAGCCAUGGCCGCGCCCGCCCGGAGUCCCUGGCCGCGCGCACCGUCGUGGAUGCCGUGGCCAUGCCCAUGCUCGCCGCGCCCGCCAGGAGGCCCUGGUCGCGCACGUGCUCAAGCAAGCAGCAAGUGGCGGCGGAAGCAAGAACACACGAGGAGACGUCCCAUGCUAAAGGAUCACCUGACAAGGGUUGCUUCAACACUGUUUGCCCUGGCUUUCAAAAGACAUUAUCAAGCAUAGCUCCAGGUGAUGUCAUCAACCCAGUCUCAAGUACAAAUGACACCAAACAGUAUAUCACAGUAAGGGUAUUCAAGAACUACCAUAUGUUUCUACUCAAAACAUCUGGCAAUUGGCAUGUACAUUGUGGAUUAAAUGGUUCCCCAAAACCCGUUGGUUACUUUCCGAAAUCCUUGCUUCCUGCAAUGAUAGAUAGACCAGUUCUGCUUAGAUUUGGUGGCUAUGCAGCUCGCAAGAAACCAGCACCAAAUCCUCCAAUGGGCAAUGGAUAUGUUCCAUUGAGCAGUACUGCUGCAUUGGUUAGUAACCUCAAGCUUAUCGAUGCCGAUGGUAAUGACCACAUUGUCAACACGGGUCUGCCAUUCUACAUAACUAGUGAAGAAUGUUAUCCACUUUCUACUGUUGAUUCCAGCCGUUUCUUCUAUGGUGGACCUAAGAAAUAA